AUGUCGCACCUCAAGUACUACGCAUACAAGGACCUCGGGGUCAAGCAACGCAAAGACUUUCACUACAGCCAGGCCGUGCGCGUCGGCGACCGCAUCGAGUGUGCAGGUCAAGGAGGCUGGGACCCCAAGACUGGCGCGUUUGAAAAGGAAAUCAACGCCCAAAUCGAUCUCGCCUUUGCCAACGUGGACCUGGCCCUCAAAGAUGCCGGCGGCAAGGGCUGGUCACAGGUGUUUCGCGUCAACUCGUACCAUCUGCCCCUCAACACGGAGGCCAUGGACGCCAUGGUGCGCAAUUUUCGCAGAUACAUGCCGGAUCACCAGCCGCUAUGGACCUGCGUCGGUGUCACGCGUCUAGGUGAGGACGAUAUGCGCGUCGAGAUUGAGGUCUCUGCGCAUGAUCCGGAGGGGGCCAAGACGGAGUGA